AAAAAAAAGUAGUGCGAGGUUGUUUGUGUUUCAGAUUUCAUGUUUACAUUUAUAAGGUACCUCUACUAAACUAAAAUUAUAAAUUGGCAUCAAUAUGACGGAACACGUUUCCAUAAGACUAGCGUCGGAAAGAGUUAAUCAUUGCGUCUCCUCAAGCAAUGAUACUGCCAGGUUUUAUACUCCAGGAGAGGUUAUAAGUGGAAUGCAAGAUUUCAUGCGCGGUCAUGGAACAUAUGUUGAAGAAGAUUGCCUAAAAUCAUCAGUAGCAGGUGUAAUGCAAAAAGUGAACAAAUUGAUAUGUGUACGACCCUUGAAAAGCCGCUAUGUGGGUGAAAUUGGAGAUGUAGUGGUUGGAAGAGUGCUUGAAGUGCAGCAGAAAAGGUGGAAAGUGGAAACAAAUUCUCGAUUGGAUUCAGUACUACAGCUGUCUUCUGUAAACUUGCCAGGCGGAGAAUUACGCCGCAGAUCUGCAGAGGAUGAACAAAUGAUGAGGAAACAUUUAAAAGAAGGUGAUCUUAUUAGUGCUGAAGUUCAGAGUGUGUUCACCGAUGGCUCAUUGUCACUACACACAAGAAGCUUAAAGUAUGGCAAGUUGGCACAAGGAGUUUUGGUAAAAGUAUUUCCAUCAUUGAUCAAACGGAGAAAGAACCACUUUCACAACUUACCUUGUGGUGUGUCAAUGAUUAUUGGCAACAAUGGGUUCAUAUGGAUCAGCCCAAAGCCUCAAGGCAUGAUGGUUGAUGGGAAUGAAGAUGAAAUAAUUAACUAUGAGAUGCAGCCGGUUGACCGCACAGAUAGAGAAAUAAUAGCAAGGUUGAAGAACUGUAUCGCAGCUCUUGUUGCAUCGAAAAUGAUGCUUGAUGACACAAGCAUUAUGUUUGCGUUUGAAGAGAGCCUGAAGUAUGAAGAGGUGAAGGAGCUUUUAGACCCCGAGGCUAUGCUUGAUAUUGCCUUUCUAACACAACACAGACUUAAUAAUAUUAUGGAAGAGUGACAUGAGUGAAUUUUAUCUGCUUUAAAUGCUCUAUAUAAGAUUCUAAAACAGUUGUCCUAAUACCAUAAUAUCGUCCAAACAGAUACGUAAUUUUGUUGAAUUUUUUUUUUGAUGCCUUCUGCGCAAAGGGUUUGCUCAACAGAAAGCCUCAUUCUUACUGCUCGAUGCGUGGCAUCUGUAUGAAUAAAAAAAAAAUAACAUCGGCAUUCACAUAUUUUAUAUCUAAAAUUAUUCCGCCGAGUACAUCGGGAUCGGGACCAACAUUAAAGAAAAUAUUUAAAUGAAUUUUAAUAAUUGCACUAUAAGUACAAAAUGUAAAUUACGUCUACAAUAAAUAAUGCUUUCAUUAAUUUAGUCUUAGUUUAUUUGUGUAUACUCUGUUAUGGAUGAUAUAAGAUUACUGAGACUGACUGUUUUAAAGUUACCAGUGCUAGUUAUAGAAUCUUUAUUAGAGGACUCAUAUUAAGAGUGUAGAUAAAUUAUUGUAUACAACGGUUGAUA